CUUACUGUCCCGGCAAACCUAAUUCUCUUUCGUUUUUCAUAUUUUCACUUUCUCCCUCUCGCUCGGCAAUAUCUCAAAGCAAUGUGGGUGACGAGAAACGUACGAUGCGAGGGUGAUAAGGUGUACAAGUAAGGAGACGUAGCUCAUGAAGUGGCAAUAAUCAAGAUGCUUACGGGGAAGCUCCCCAUGCCUAGGGAUUGUUGAAGAAGGGCCAAAGCACUUCUGUAUGGAAAGGGCUGAAGGCUAUCACCCAAAAUCCCAUUGAUGAAACCGAGGAUGAACUGGUUUCGUCUAUAAACAAGAUAGGGACGAUUACAGUGCAGUGAGCCGCAGGACACAUACUACAAAUGAGCGAUAGCUUAUGCCGGGAAGCCCGCAGCAGCGUACAGCACAACGAAGGAAUUCAUCUUGGGCAGGCUUAGUGACACAUGCCGUGAAAAGUUUGGCAGCCGGCUGGAAAAGGAUGGUUGAAAUGCCCUUCACGCUAGCUCACAAUGAUCUAGAGCCCAGAAACAUCCUUAUCAACAAGGGGAAGAUUGUCUGCGUUAUCGACUGGGAGAAUGCAGAGUUUUAUCCUCCAUACUGCGAGUCUUCUCCAGGCUCUCUUGCAGCCAGACACCGCAAAUAUCCGCGCUGUUCCCACAGAAUACGUCGAACAACAGCUCGCUGGAGUACAUUAUCAUGAAGUACUCGUGUAAUGGUAAGGUUGAUAUGGAUGCCAAAAGGACUGAGCGAGAGAUUGAAGACCACAUCGCCAACGCUCAAAUCGAUGAAGCUGGGCACCGAUUGCAGGAUUCACCCAAACUGUUCACGAUGAACGGGUGGCCUUCCAGCAGCUAACCCCGGUAGGGUGCCGGUAGCUCUUUGUUAAUCUCUUAAACAGCGGAGCGUCCUAUGUAAGAC